AUGGCCCGCAGUCGCGAUCUCGUUGUUCUGGGGGGACUCGGAGGAUUCAUCGCAUGGGGUUUGGUGGUUCAAUGGUUCCCAGUGCUGCGAUACCUUGGCUAUGCGGUCGUUCUAGGCGCUAUAGCCUCUUUCAUUUCGCUGCUGGGUCUUGUGUUUCUGACAACACGGACACGGGAUGCCGCUAGAUUUCGUGCGAAGACUACGUCUCUGGCAUUCAUCACUCCCAAGCACUGGCAGAAAGAAACCUACGCAAUUCGCCAACGCUCCACCUAUGAUUCCAAGCCCAUCUAUCCUCAAUCGUUCGUCGUGUCGGAAGCAGUUGAUCAGACUCUGACCCUCAUUACUCGCGAUUUUAUCUCGUCAUGGUACCAAAACAUCAGCCCGAGCCCAGUGUUUGUCAACGACGUGGACCGAAUGAUUCGGGUUGCGAUUGGGAAUCUUCAUAAUAGUCUGCUGGCAGAGGAUUUGGUGUCACUAAUAGUGUCGCGCAUAUUUCCCAUCUUCACCACCCAUCUCAGAGAAUUUGAUAUCGCGGAGCGGUCAGUCCGGGGACGGAAUUUGACACGGAAUGUAACCGAGUCAGAAGAGUUGGAUCUUGCUAUUGCGAGCAAAUACUGCGAGGGGCGUCUUCACCCGGCGGUUUCGCUGUCCCUCUCCGACCAGAAGCUGGCAGAACAGGAAUACUUGCGGAAAAUCUCCGUUGGGCUACUUCCACAGUUAUUCCCAAAGAAUAUACUCAACAGCCGCGUUGUUGCUGUGUUAAUCCGGGAGAUCUUCGCCUGUGCCGUCCUCUUCCCAGUUGUAUCUACACUCUCGGACCCAGAUACAUGGAAUCAAUUGAUGGAGGCAUAUGGACGGACAGCCCUCCAUGAUCGCAAAACCGUACGAAAGCUUCGGGCAGCUUUAGACGAACAUGCGUCUCCCACGCCUCAUUCAAAACGUGGACGUUCAUUUCCCAAGCUCUCGCCGCAUGAUUCGGAACGUGCCUUUGAGCGUUUUGUCAGGGCAAUUCGGAGAUGUAAUAACCUUUCGGAUGCCCGGCGAUUCAGAGCGCUUGUCGCCAGCCAGCUGAAGCGAGAAAGCAUGGUGGAAGGACAAGACCAGGUUUAUAUUCGUCGUUUGGAGACGAGCAAGAGAGUCCUGGAUCAAAAGGUGCUCAAACUUUCAGCGCCCGGAAGUAGUAGAUUUCCGCAUGCCACGGCAAAUGCAUCACAUUUGCGCCGCAAUAGCGCACCAGCGUCUCACGAGAUGUCUCUAGUGGAUGUGAUGCACGAUCCUUCUGGUCUCUCUUACUUUAUGGAGUUCAUGGACCGUCAAAAGCUCAUGUCAUUAGUGCAGUUCUGGAUCGUGGUUGACGGGUUUCGCAAUCCACUCGAAGAUGACUUUGGGGACGAAACGUCCCCUAGUUCAACGACCUGGAACACAGCCGAUAGGAAUGAUAUGGCACUAAUCAGCGAAACGUACUUGACAAAACCUGAAAUCAAAGUCGCAGACGGGUCUUGCCGAAUGGUGAAAGCUUUUCUGAGUGCGGGAAAACGGGCGACUUCAGACCAGUACCACCAGGCGCGGACUGUGAUCUUGACCUCGCAAUCUGCGGUCUUGGAAGAAAUGGAGAAUGUCCAUUACCCUAGAUUUAAACAGUCGGAUCUGUACUACAAGUACCUUGCGUCGGAUCAAGGUUCGAAGUUGGGAGGAUUAGCCGCUCAUCAGCCUAGUCCUGCAGCCAGUCUUGAGGCGCCUGAAAGACGGCCCUUGCCUCCUUUGACUGGCCGUACGAUGUCUCAGGCAGGAGCCAAAUCGAAGGAUCUUCGUCGGGCUGCCGUUUCAUCGACCGAUGUCCGGAGUACAGGAAAGCUCUUCGAUGAUGAUGAUGUAUCACCCCGAAAUUCUUUGGAUUCUGAACGUUCCGCCCCUUUAUUCGACGAUGAACACGAUACCGAUCCUCUCGCCAUGUCUACACAUAGUCUCGGCAAAGACUCGCAGAAUGGAGAACACGAAAAAAGUCAAAGGCAAGUUAUCGAGACGAUGGAGGCGGCAUUGAACGAUAUCAUUACCGAUGAACCACCAAAAAAUAGUAAACCAGAAAACAACAAUAAUAAUAACAACCAUGAUGACUUGGUCCCACCUGAGUUAUAUGGCAACGGCAGGAGUCCUACUAAGUCAUCGCGCAGCUCGGUGGAAUUGUCACGGGAAGAAAUCCGAACCGAUGAGAAAACAAAACCUAGUAUUGCUUCAUUAGGUCUCGUCGAUGAGUCGCCACGACGGGGUGUUUUCGAUGAUGACCUAUUUCCGGACCAGCAGAAGUUCAUCGAGGAUGAAUACGAAGAACCAGCUGAAACGGAAGACAAAGACCCUGCCGAUGAAGUCCAUGAAGCAGCCCCUGGUGAUCUUGGUUUGACAGAAGCAAUUGAGGCGCUCACCACCGAGAUCGAAAAGCUGGGCUCCCAGGAAUCGGUUGUGGAUGCGUUAACUCGGAAAGCUGAGCUAACCAAUAACACGGCUGAGCUGCGGAUCUUGCGCAAGUCCAAGGCUAGCAUUCAGCGGGAAGGUCAUCGGAAAGAGAUGCAGCGCCAACAGUAUAUCAUCCAAGAGAGCGACAACAGCUUAUAUGGCCGGUCGACUGUCCAAAUAAAAUCCAUUGUGGUGGGCAAGGAGCCAGAUGGCCGAGAGUAUGCUCUAUAUGUGGUUGAAGUCCAGAGAAAUGCGGGGGAGCAGAUGCCAGCGGCAUCCUGGGCUGUAGCCCGUCGCUACAGCGAAUUCCACGACCUGCAUCACAAAUUACGCACAAGAUACCCAUCGGUCCGUCACUUAGAAUUUCCGCGUCGCCGUAUGGUGAUGAAAUUGCAAAAGGAUUUUCUGCAGAAGCGACGAAUGGCAUUGGAGAGCUACCUCCAAAAGCUAUUGCUACUGCCGGAAGUGUGUCGAAGUCGUGACCUACGUGCGUUUCUCUCCCAACGGGCCAUAAUUUCGCGCGAUGAGAUUCGUCCCCGCGAUGACGAGACCAAGGAUCUGGUUACCCGGAUCUACAACUCGGUGACGGAUGGCAUGGACGAUUUCUUAGCCAAUUUCGGUGUGUUAGACCAGCUCUCCACGGCUGGGCAGAACCUCAUCUCCGCCGCGACGACCAACUACCAGGCUGGCGCCUCUUCGCCAGCAGCGAACCUUGUCAACGCAGAGGAUUCUGUAACCGCUGCCGAAGCAGAGGCGGAGCUCAAUGCAUUUGAGGACCGGGAACUAGAACCGUUUAUCAAACCAAUAUGCGACCUCUUCCUGGAAGCCUUUGAUCUGAAUAAGGGCAACAACUGGCUUCGCGGCCGCGCCGUGGUCGUAGUCCUCCAUCAGCUCCUGGGCGGGACCAUCGAGCGCAAAGUGCGCGAGGGAGCCCGCUCACUCGUUCAGGAUGAGUCGUUGCUUCGAUACAUCCAUCUCGCGCGGGAGACGAUGUGGCCGAAUGGCGUGCUGCGACAGAAUACCGUGCGGACGCCGUCUCAGCGAUUCAAGAGUCGCACUGAAGCGAGCGUGGUGCUGGCGACGCUGGUGCCAGAUCUCGCAGGAAAUGUUGUUGGACGGGCGAAUGCGCAAGGCGCGGCAAGGAGGAUCUUUGCUAUGUUGAAUAACCAACGGCUCAAUACGCAUCUCGUCUUUACUAUCUUGGAUGAGCUGGUGUUAGUGUUAUUCGGGGGAGUGGUUCCGGGCUGGUCAUGA